UUGACGCGUGCGGGCGCGUGGUGACUCCGUACGUUAACCUUUCCUGUUUAUAUGUGGAAUUGUGAAUUAACAAGAUGUUGAAUAUCUGGAAGGUUUUAAUACUGUUGGCUUUACUAGGCCUCUUGCAAAACUUUCAUGUAGCAGCGUAUAAUAUUCUUGCAAUAGUAACUCUGCCGCUCAAAAGUCAUUAUAUGGCUUUCGAUAGAUUUUUUAGAGAGUUAGCCAAGAAAGGGCAUCAUGUUACGGUAAUCAAUAAUUACAUUGAGGAACCUCCACCGGAAAACAUGACUUAUAUUGACCUAUCAUACAAGCGAGAACGAAAAAUUGUCAUGCCGCUUGUAUCGGACUUUGAUUCAUUGGGGCCACACUACGCCAGAUGGAUUAAUUUUCAUCGUCACUAUGAAUCCAGUCCUGCAAGUACUAUAGAAGACUGUGAGAAUCUACUUCAAAAUGAAUUCGUAAAAGAGUUUUUAACUAAAAAGUAUCAAUACGAUGUGAUAUUUGUUGAACAGUUCAUGUGUGACUGCGGACUUGCAUUUGCCGCUGCGUACUUUAAUGCGCCCAUAAUUGGUUUUACGUCUCACACUCUACUACCCUGGUCUUACUCUAGACUGGGUUUACCUUUUGAUUUUUCAUCCGAAGCUUUUUAUUUCUCCAACGCCGGUGUACAUCCAAACCUGUUUUAUAAAAUUGAAUCUUUUCUGGCUUAUUUAUUAAUGAAAUCAGUGGAAAAGUCAACGUUAAGAAUUAUAGAAAAUGUAUUUAAGAAACAUGCACCAGAAGUUAAUUUACAUAUGGAGGAUGUUACAAAGAACAUGAAAAUGAUGUUUGUGUAUCAACAUUACUCUGUGACAGGCGCUAGGAUUAUGUCACCGCAGAUUCUGGAAGUUGGCGGCCUACAUAUUGAUAAACAGAAGCCAAUACCAAAGAACAUAGAAGACUUUUUGUCAUCUGCGGAGCACGGGGCAAUAUUCUUUAGUUUUGGAUCAAACUUGAAUGCAGAUACAAUGAGCCCAUACAAAAAACAACAGUUUUUGGAUGCUUUUAAUAAACUACCAUAUAAGAUUAUCUGGAAGAUAGAAAAUAUAACUCUACCUGCAGGAAAUAAUAAUAAAAUUUUGACAAGUCCAUGGUUACCGCAACGAGAUAUACUAUGCCACCCUAAGGUGAUUGGCUUUAUAUCACACGGAGGAAUGCUGAGUUUGUCAGAGGCAGCUCAUUGUGCGACUCCCCUUAUAACGAUGCCGUUCUUCGGAGAUCAGUACUCAAAUGUAGCCGCCAUUGAAGACGCUGGUCUUGGUGUGACUCUAAGCUUUGAUCAAGUCACUUCUGAUUUGUUGGUGGAUGCCAUUCAAAGGAUAACUUCACCAAAAAUGCAGAAGAUGGUUAAAAAGAUCCAUGACCUUUGGCAUGACAGGCCGAUGAAUGUGCUGGACAGCGCCAUCUAUUGGACUGAGUAUGUAGCUCGUCACCGAGAUGCUCCGCCGUCGCCUCCAACAAAACAGCCAACAUGGUUUCAGAAGUCGUUAAUAGAUGUCUAUAGUGUACUCUUGGUAAUGUUUUUACUAAUAAUAGCAAUAAUGUAUCUUAUUCUUAGAACAUUUAUUGCAUUGUUGCAAAAGUGUUUUUCGAUAGUAAAAGUUUUUUUUAUGAAAAAACUAAAAUAUGAAUAGAGCAUAAAUUAUGACGAAUUUAAUUUACUUAAGUUUAGUUGAGGUACCUACCUAAGUAUUAAAAUUAUUGUACCUACCUACCACGGCUCACGAUUCGCACUGGCACCAAGUAACUAGGUAAUAAACGAAUAAUUCAUUGUUUUGGGAAAAAUAAAUUCAUACGUUUCCAUGACACUGAAGAGAAGUGAAAAUAAAUAAAUGAUUACAUCCUAAUAAUAAUAAAUAAUAUGUCUUACAUUAAAUUUAAAUAAAAACGUUAAAUAGUAGUAAAUCACCUAAAUAUUAUUUAUUUAAAGGUGUAAUUGAUAGCUAUAUGGUGGAAAGUCGAAAUAUGGGCCGGAUAGUUAUAUUGUCUCGCUCUAUUUAUCAACCCCAAUAUAUUUCUAUUUCUUUUACAAAAGUAAAGCUUAAUAGUUUGCCUACGUGAUGUUAAACCACAAUAUUAUUAUGUAUACACUGAGUUGGAAUUAUAAAAUUUUAUAUCAAACUUCCACCUGAUUUUCGCAGGUCUGUCCUAAUAUUCUAUUCAGAAUUUUAGAAUAGAUAUUGCUUUCGCCUCAAGGUUUCUUACGAAUGUGGUUGUUCUGACGUAAAUAUAUUUUAGUUUCCCUUACAAUGUUAAUGGUAGGUAUUUAUAGUUGUGGUAACCAUAACCGUGUAUUAUUUAUACACGUACAAACAUAACAUUUUCAAAAAUUGAGCGGACAAAUGUUUUUAGGUCAUUGAAUUAUAAUUAAUAUACCUAUGUAAGUAUGUAAAGGUUAGUCGAACAUUUCCCAGCUCAGAGUUGUAGCGGUCCAAAAUCUGUAUAGAUCUUGCAACUGUAUGUUGUAAGAUGUCAAGUAGGUACCUACCUACUUAGUUGAAGUUGCGUCAGAGAGCGUAAUGUAGGAUAUAUCAUGUGGACCUUAUAGAUACUAUGUAUGUAUACCUACUUAGAGAACGAGUCCUUGAGAUCGUGUCGGUCUAUUGAUGAUUCCGAUUUUUGAAUUUGUUUAGAAAUUUGCGGAAACACAAUUUUUUUUGUUUCCCAUUCUGCUCUUCUUUCUCUAGAGAGACUUAUUAUACAAAAUCAACUUUCUUUUGACUUUUGUCGAUUUUGUUGUUGUAGGCUACGGCAACGGCUUAAACACUGGGAUCAUCGUAAGGAAAACAAACACUUAAGAAUUUAAAUUGGAAUGGAUUCCCCUAAUGUUGCAACAGUCCACGUUUAGCGCAGAGCACGGUACCAUGGUGUUGUUGUCUCAUUUGUUCUCAGCAAUAAACGCUACCGUGCCCUCCAUCGAUCAUAAUGGGCGGCUUGAGCAAGAAUGCUCGGGAGGGACACUCUGACUCUUAAAAGGGCCGGUACCCUCUUGGGGUAAAAUAAGGGUUGAGGGGAUGGGCGCCGUCGCAACACUUACCUAUACAAAAUAUCAGGCCCGCUACUUCAUACCGGUAUUGUACUGUGUCGGUCGAGUCAAGCCCAUUUGUUGUACCAUCGUAGGACGGCAGACGACAUUCUCCCACAUGCCCUUAGUCGCCCCUUUUUUACUUCCCUAUUUUACUUACGCCCCGGGGAAGUACAUAUCAAUAGGUAGUCUUCACCUGUAGCUCAAUAAUGGUGAGUCAGAGUAUUGAUGAACAGCUAGCACACCACAAACAUUGAAUAAGUUAUCAUGAAAUAAUAAAAAUCCAUGAAUAACCAUCCAGGGUACUCCCCCAGACAAUACUUUAUGUACAUUGUUAUACGUUGUAGUAAUUCCGCUUAAAGCUUCACAGAACUGACUUGAAUAUUAAUUAAUUAAAAAAUUAUGUUUCACAUUGCACGUGAGUCAAUAUAAAAAUGUUAUUAUACUAAUAUGUAAUAUAAGUUUCUAGCUUAUUUACACACUCUUGUAUUCUUUAGAUCACUUGGGAAUAAAGUUUUUUUUUAUUCGAGAGCAGUAAAAUACAUUUACGUACUUAGAACCCGAUAGGCUCGGUUGUAAACGUCCUACUGAUUUAAAACCUCCUCUGUGCUGAUAUCCCUAAAAGCAUUUUCAGCGCAGCCGGAGAUCUUGGAGGGCGAAUAUGUACCUCAUAGGCGCGGGGUAUCUUGGAAGGAAAAACUCGAAAUUCAGACCGACUGCUCGAUAAGCUGGGCGGAAUAAAGUAGUUUUUCCAGCUUUUCUAAGGUACAUGUUAAAUGGCCUUUUAUAACGCAUCCACCACCUUAUCACGUCUUGUAUGUCUUGUCAAUGGACCUAAAAGUAUGAGUGAUAGUUCAUUCGAUUGGUCUAGUCUUACCUUACCAUAAUAAACAAACCUAACUAAUGUAUCUUGGGAAAGAAGGUGUACCGCGCAAGGAAGAUCAUUCCACGGUUUGGUUGUACGAGGAAGUUACAAAUACAGAUUGUGAGGUUGAUGUCUGAGUUUGUGGAAUAUAUUGCACUGUAAAUUAAGUACCCUGCGCCCUCUUAUUGUAUGAAUUGCUAUGUCUAAUAAAAUGUCUUUGACUGAAUUAUUUAUAUUGCGAAUAUUAUAGGUAAUUUCUAAGUCAAAAUAAUAUAGGUUCCAGAUAAGUAAUCACCAACAGAUGAAAGCUCUGUUCAAACUGAGGCGAACAGCGCGCGGGACGCGUUUUAGAGCAAUUCGCUCGUUCGCGGGCGAUUCAACGCGAACGCGAUUGCGAAACGAUCCGAUGCGAAUUUAAUGCGGUGCGGAGCGAUGCGGCUACUCUGUCCUACGUGCGCGCGAACCGUCCCCUCCGCGCCCUCCGCCGCCGUUCAGUUCAGUUAGCAUUAAUCAUUUGCCAUGGACGGACGGAAGCUAAUGUUGUUGGAAAAUUCAUAUCUUAAAUAUGAGAUAUUGAAGAAGUGUAUAAAGCAGAGAAGUGGAACUAAUACUGUGUACUUAGAAAGGCAUACUCAUGGGGAAUUUCAUAAUUGGUACCAGGAUUUACGAAUGUUACAAAUGCAGUUCAUAUCGUCAAAGCCAUAUGUUUACUACACAAUAUUAUAAGGGAUCUUGAAUCAAUAAAUGAGAAUGAGUUAAUGUUUUUCCGAAAAACAUAUCAAAAUAUGUCACAAACACAAAGACAUAAUUCUCAAAGAAGAUACAAUGCUACAUCACGAGCAGCCGCACAGGCAAGAGAAAACUUUAAACUGUAUUUUGAGCAACAUCCUUUGUUAAGAAUGUAAUAAUAAUAAAGAAAUAUGUUGUACUUACUUGUAGUCCCAAUUAUUUUAGCCACAGCCUCCCAUUCGCGGUGCGAUAAUAAACGGUUGUGGUAACUUUUAUUCCUUUUGUCCCAUAAUGUAGGACGUUCUUGGAUAGCAAUAAUAAGAUGUUCUACUUCCGACAUUACUACUUAAUUUUUGCUUGAAAAAAAUAUGGCCGACGCGUCCACUUCGCGCGAAAAUAUCAAGCCAACUGAUUGCGUUCGCUUCAAUUCGCGCCGCUCCGCACCGCACCCCACGUGCGUUUGGUCACGUAGGCCACUUCAUUAGCCUCUCAAACUGACGCGACUUCCCGCGUGUCAUUUUUGGUUUUUCUGUGGAGAAACAACAUGCAUUGUGAGAAUUCGCGUCAAUUUGAACACGGCCAUACAAGUUUAUGACACAAUCGGCGCGAGCGACUUCUGUCCCGCGUCCCGCGCGAUAGUAGCCUCAGUUUGAACAGAGCUUCAAGUACCUAUACGACUUGAACCUUCUCGGAAACACGCUGCAUCUUUAAGCAUAGAAUAAUAACGCUCAGAAUGAUAGUCUCAUUCAUAGUUCGUGUCAAUUUAGAAGUAACAUUAUAAUUAAUGUGUGCGUGAGCGUCACGUACUUACAUUCGCCAAUACGCACACAGACAGCCCAAUAAUGUUGCAAGUGAAUAGACAUUUCCCUAAAUCAGUAAAUUAUAAAAAUACUAGAUUAUAUUAUGUAAUAAAGAAAGAAGAAAUAAAAUAUAAAUUAAGAAUUUAAUAAAAACAUCACGUAUUUUAUUGUUGCAACAAUUUUUAAAGUUUAAGUAAAGAAGUCUUUAGAAUCGUUGUUUUUUGAAACUCGAUGAAACGAUAUAUCUCGGAUAUAUCGUUUCAUACCAUAUUGUUGAAAUCAUAGUUUUGCACGGCGGCCAUCUUGGAUUUCAAAAAUGAUCCCAAAUUCGUUCUCAGCACCCUCGAGAACCUCAGAUACGAUAUCCAUAUUGUUGUAAUCAUAAAUUUGUGCGGCGGCCAUCUUGGAUUUAAAAAAUGAUGCCAAAUUCGUUCACUGCACCCUCGAGAACCUUGGAUUCGAUAUCAAUAUUGUCGAAAUCAUAAAUUUGCGCGGCGGCCAUCUUGGAUUUAAAAAAAAACAAAAUGGCGCGUAACCGAAAAUCGUGACGAUGUGCUAUAAAAUUUCUUUCAUACGUCGAUAAAGAAGUUUCACUUCAAAAACAUACCGACGUAUUGAGAACCUCCUCCUUUUAUGAAGUCGGUUAAAAAGAGUGGCCGUUAAUGUUCUCACCAGCUCAACUUUUUCCAAACAUAUGGUAAAUUCAGUAAUUUAAAAGAAAUAUUUAUAGUGACUAUACAAAGCGCUUAGUUUAAGGCCCUUAGGGCCUCGUCCACCAUGUCCAAGUAAAGCUGUGAUUAGUAACUUCUCAAUUAACGUUAAUUGGAAGCUACAUGUUAUGAGUAUCUUUUGCCAAUUUCACAAGCGAAAAUUAUGUUUUGAGUAACGAUUGAUUGGUUAAGUGAGUAAUGAAUCUAUCACACGUCAUAUUAAUUCAAUUUUACGUCAAAUAUCACUUGUUAAACGUCAUUGCAGAUUGUCAUUCAUGAUUUUGUUGAAUGUUGAGCGUUAAUUUCACUGUUUAGCUGCUUGUUUACUUUUGAAACUAGAAAGCAUCUGGAAAUAGUAUAAUACAGUUUUUGUUAUUUAGUGAUUGCUUGUGUGAAUAUCAUUAUUAUGUAUAAAAUUAAAUGACGACCAAUCAAAUCGGAUAAAUCCAUUAUAAAAUACAUUAUAGCCUCUUUUUUCUCUAUGUACCAAUAAACACUAAACCUAUCCCAGCGGAGGAACUCGGGCUAUAUAGUACUUUCAUAGAUGGCAACAUAUUUUUGUAAUGGCGUCUGUUUUGAUUACGAACUAUUUUGCUAUUUUGACGAACUUAUUAGCUUAAAUUAAAAGUUGUGAAAUAGUAUUUAGGUGUGAAAUGUGAUUUUCUUAUCCUAAUUUGUAUGAUAAGAUGCUUUGUACUUUGUGCUGUACAGUUAGUAAUUUUUCAAUUAAAUUUCACGCACUGAUUGUCCUGGAAGUGGACAGAAUGACACUGACGCGGUGGGAAACGUAUGUGGUCAUUAACGACCACAUUGAAACUGCCUCAUUUAGCUUGGGCCUACUCACGUUCUAAGCGUUAUUAUUCUAAGGGUUUAAGUAUUUUUUCGAUCGGUUCAGUUUUUUUCGCAGUACUUAUAACCGAAAGAAAAAACCGACUCUCCACUUAUUAAUAUAAUAAAUAUGUGAUAAAAUAAGAUGUCAAUAUUUCUAUAGCACGUGGAUGCUUUGAUCAUUGUGAUGUAAUAUUAUGGUAUUCUCUGCACUGCAGUCACCAGCCCGACAUUGACUUGAAUUAACAAUAACAAUAUUUGUUUGAGGUCAAAUAAUUAGAUUAAGGCCAUAAAACUGGCGUGAAGUGGAGUGCUAUGAUAAUAACGUUCCAACUCAAACAUCAAUUUGUAUUCAACUGGAGGUCACCCAUAUCUCGUAGUUUAACUACUUAUAAGUUAUUCAUAAAAAAAUAUGAUCAUUCAUCACAUCAUUCGGUUCUUAGCUAGAAGGAAUCAAGGGAGGUAAUACCCUGCUUCCUUUGUCCCUGCUAGAAACGAAUAGAACGAUAUUUUUUUAAAUAAAAUUUAUUUAAUGUUGAUUUAAAUUGAUACUGUUUAAUUAUUUAUUUCUUAACUUUAUUAUGACCAACAAACAGUCACACAAUCACUAUUUACUUUAACUAAUAUAUAAAUAUAAACCUUAAUUAAUCGUGAAGCCACAUUAGCCACAGAUGAAAUAUACAGGAGAGAUAAACAUAAAACACGUAAGUAUAUCUACUUAUAUAAAACUAUCAAAUGUUUGUGUUUUGUAAUUAUCAAGUAAGAAAUCAUCGUAGCUUAUGGUUGCUGUGUUACAAUUACUAAAUGUUUAUUAAAUUAUGUUAAAUUAUGUACACCACUUAUUCGCUAUAUUAUUUUUUAAUUAUUAUCUAUACCUACCAAAGUUAUGUAUUUUAUAUGGCUUAUUUUUUAAUUAAAAUUUUAAUCAUG